CUGUUUCAGACUAGCUGGUGUCAUAAAAUUGCAGCCCUUACUAUCAUAUGUUCCUACUUUAUAUUACUAAUUUUUAUACAUGACACAACUUAUAUAUGGGCAACACUUGCUCUCGUUUUUGUAUUGUUUGUUACAACAUUUUCAUGUGCCUCAAAUGACACCCCAUUUCUUCUCCAGUUAAGGGGUUCAAGAUUAACUGGAAUAACAAACCGUACAAUUGCACAGGAAAGGAAUGAGGAAGAACAAGAGCAAACUGAAACACGAAUAUGGAUGACAGAUAUUCCCCCAAGUUAUUCAUUUGUAAUGGCAGACAUUACACCACCAACCCCUCCUCCUUCCUAUGGGUCUGCAAUCCUAAUGUUCCCUCCUCCAUAUUUCACAACUGACACUAAAACUGAACCAGUGCUUGCUGCAGGGCCUAUAUCAACAGAAGGCCAACAACAGAGAAGACCUUUAUCUAUUUCAACACAGGUGUCUGUUUCUAGUGUAGCGCCUGAAACUGUUCAUCUUGGGGGUAUUACAUUUUCGACUCAAGUAUCAGUUAUUAGUACACAAUCAGAAAUUCCCUCAGAUUUAGCUUUAAGGGCUCGGUUCUAUAUAUCAAGACAAGCAUCAAGGGAAGAUGGAACUGAAGAUAGUGACUUUAAACAAGAAAAAUUGAUGGGUGAAGCUAGUGCACGCUUAUUCCUUCUUUCGAGACAGAUGUCAAGAGAAGACCCUGGAGAACUACAGGAAAAUGGUAUCCAGAAUUCAGGAAAAGUAGACAGAUCACCUUCUCCAACAGUUACGAGACAGAUUUCAAAAGACGAAGGUUCUGACGGAACGGAUCUUCAUAAAUCAACAAUGAAGCAUGACCUGAGAAGACGAGUACUACUUUCUAGACAAGCAUCGAGAGAAGAGAGAGUUAAUUCAAAGGUAAUUCAAGAACAAGACCAUUUUGAGAACUCAGGAAGACCAUUAUCUAGGCAGUCCUCAGUAGAAGACAGUAUUGAAAAUAGUCAGAAGAAAAGUGAUGGAAGAGUAAGAAUUGUUAUUUUGCAACAUACAAGUAAGUCCACAGAUUCUGCAAGCAAAGAGACUCAAAACAUCAGAGAAUUAGAAAAUAUUGCUACUGAAAGAAUGGUUGAAGUUCAAGCAAGUGGUAGCACAGUCUCUAUAAACAUUCCUGAAGAUUUUGGAGAAACAACAAAACCCAAUGAAUAA